AUGCCUGGGGAUAAUUUAACAUAUAUGGAUAGCAUGGGAUACACUGAUAUUGAAGUUGAUUAUGAGGGUGUCUCACAAUUCGUAAAUAUGUUAAAUACUAGAUUGUCAAAAAAUACUUUACAGAGAAGGGAUGGGUCAAAUACUAAUUAUACUGUGGAUGAAAUGAUCGCACUUGUAGGCCGCACCAUAGGUAGUAAAGCUAACAGACUUUCGAAACGUGAAGAUUGCGCUAACAAAUAUUGGCAUAAUUUUACAAAUACUUUUCUUGAAUUAACAACAUUCUUAGAUAAACGACUAUUAGCUAGGUGGAAACAAUACGCACGGGCAACAGCUAUAAGGAUUUUUGAAGUAUUAACUGAAAUACCUUUUUUUAAUACUAUUUUGGAGAUAAGAAGGAAGUAUGAGGUUAAAAAGAAGAUUUGCAACGGUGGAUUUGUAUGGCUAAACAUUGAUGAUGGGAGUGAUAAACUUGCGUAUUGGGUUGGCUAUACUCAUUAUGAACUUAAUGAUACCUAUAAACAAUUAUCCUGUGAUGAUGUUGUUACAACGGUUAUAAACUAUUCCGUUGAAUCCAUCAGAAAAUUAGAUAUAGCUGGCUUUUGUACAUCAUUUGUUCAUGAUUCUGUUGGGAGAAUAGAUGUCCGUGUAAUGAGAUGGGAGGAAAAAUAUGCAAAUGCAUUGUAUGGGUGGAAUAUAGUUUGUGGAAGUUGGUGA